UAUCGUCCUCCACUGCAGAGCUCAGCUGUUAGGUGUAAGAGGGGAUUUGGGGUUUUGGGUUUUUGUUUUAAUCACGUAGUCCUAGGGCUUUCAUUUUCAAAAGAGAUUAGAAAUGCAUCUUGGAUGAUUUCACAAUCAAAGGAGGAUUUCUCACCUUGUCAAGCGCUACUCAUUUGCAGCUGAAAGCUAACACCUUAUGCCAAGCUAGUCAGCGCCAAAUACAAUUAAUUAGAUUAAGCUUGUCGCUAAAAUACCAAGACAAAUGGCUUGAAACAUGGCACUUUCUCCCUUUGCCUUUUUCCCCCUCAUCUGGUUUAUUUACAAUAAAAAAGUAGGUUGCAGGAUGGAGUUGCAGAAACUGAUCCUUAUUAACUGUUACUCUAUAUAUCACAUAACUGAUAACAGAACGCUGGAGAGAAAAACGUAUCUGAAUUGUGUUAGCAUAGACUGCCCUACCCUGGAUCACAUUUAAUAAUUGAUUACAGUGUACCGUUCAUGGUGGUUUGAGAGUCUCCAUAAAAAUAAUACCGGCAAGUCUGUUGACGUCAUUCUCCUCAGAGCCUUCUCGAUUUAGUACCAGAGCUGUGACUCGCACCUGCUGCCUCUCCAAACCAGAAACACUGAAUUUUCCUUUUGCAUUUUUCUUGGUAACCUCUCUCGAAGAAAGUGAUUUGCCGGGGCAGUUUUUUAAGUGCACCAUUUAAACAACUCUAUCGCAUACUUUGCUUUACACAAUAGGCAACAGAUAAGCUGUUUUAUUGUAAACCACAUUCUAUUUUAUCAUCAUUGGGCGAUCUUGCUAUUUAACAGGGUCUGAUAAUCCAUUUACGGAGCGUAUUACUCGUUUAUAGAGCAAAAGGAGGUCAUCUAACUGUUUCUGAUUUGCAACUCUGGGUUUCCACAUGACAGAUUUGCCCAGAGCUCACCUGCAAAGGAAACUAGAGCAGACACGGCUCUUAUAUAGACAGAUCAUAAAAUUACAAAAACGUGGAGAUCAAAGCAACAAUGUCCAACUACCUCAUUUGCAAAUGAGGAAAUGGAAGUCCACAAAGGCCGAAAGAUCCCUGAGGACACCCACCCAGUUAGCGACCAGAACCUGGAGCUCCCAAAUCCCAGAGGUCUGUCCGUUCUGUUGCUCAACACCCAGGCAAACAGGAGGUUCAAGUGUCAUAAACAUAGAUGCCCUUGCUCACAGGAUCUGCUUAAUAAGUGGCCAGCCUUAGGUAGCCUGAGGCGCAUAUACACCAAAUUAUUGAGAAUAGGGUGGUAACCCACAACUAACAAGACAGCAGACUUAAGAAAACCUCAGCUUUCUCUUUGCUUCCUUGAAUUUUUCCUGCUUUUGUUCAUUUCCCCUAUUUAUCUAAACCUGUGGCUUCUCAACUUUUUCAGGUUUCAUAUACCUGACCCUCAAGCUCUCAGGUGGUGUUAAACUUGUUCAGGAUGCAGUAAAAUAAUGUUAAAAAUACUAAUAAUCAUAGUGAAAAUGAUAGCUUAUCUUAUGGCCCCUUAAACAUUUUUGCGUAUCAGGCACUUUGCUAAGAAUAAUAUUUUCUAAGUAUAUUACGUAUAUUAUUUCACUGUAAUUAUAUAGGUCAAUUCCUACAUUGGUCCUAAGAAGUAUAUACUAUUAUUUUUCCCCAUUUUAUCGGAAUGGAAACUGAGGCACAGAGGAUGAAAACUGAAGAUUUUAAUAACAAACCCUCCAAGGUCAAAAUGAAUACAGAUAGCGGUGGGUGUGCUCGCAAACGUGCUGCCAUGUCUGUUACAUUAACAUCUGUGAAGAGAGUUCAAAGUUCUCCAAACCUAUUGGCUGCAGGACGUGAUUCUCAGUCACCAGACUCAGCAAAAGGUUUUAGAAGCGUUCGACCAAACUUACAAGAAAAAAAGUCACCAACUCAGAGCCAGAUAACGGUGAAUGGAAACUCAGGAGGUGCUGUGAGCCCAAUGAGUUACUAUCAAAGGCCGUUCUCCCCUUCAGCUUACUCUCUCCCAGGCUCGCUCAACUCAAGCAUUAUCAUGCAGCAUGGCCGGUCACUUGAUUCCACAGAGACCUAUCCCCAGCACGCGCAGUCUCUGGACGGCACCAUGGGCAGCUCCAUACCACUGUACAGAUCCUCAGAGGAGGAGAAGAGAGUGACGGUCAUCAAAGCCCCCCACUACCCGGGGAUCGGGCCCGUGGAUGAAUCCGGAAUCCCCACCGCAAUUAGAACGACAGUUGACAGACCGAAGGACUGGUACAAGACGAUGUUCAAGCAGAUCCACAUGGUACACAAGCCGGAUGAUGACACAGACAUGUAUAAUACUCCUUAUACAUAUAAUGCAGGCCUGUACAACUCACCCUACAGCGCUCAGUCACAUCCUGCUGCAAAGACCCAGACCUACAGACCCCUCUCCAAAAGCCACUCCGACAACGGCACUGAUGUCUUUAAGGAUGCCUCCUCCCCCAUCCCUCCCCCACACGUUCCUCCUCCAGUUCCACCACUUCGACCAAGAGAUCGAUCUUCGACAGAAAAGCAUGACUGGGAUCCGCCAGACAGAAAAGUGGACACAAGAAAGUUUCGUUCUGAGCCCAGGAGUAUUUUUGAGUAUGAACCUGGGAAGUCAUCAAUUCUGCAGCACGAAAGACCACCCCCUCUCCCAACAACUCCGACACCUGUUCCAAGGGAACCUGGCCGGAAGCCUCUUUCUGUCUCACCACAUGGAGGAGUAACUGGUAGCCCCUCCCCUCCGCCCAGGACUGGCCUCCCCAUUCCAAGCCCGCGCACCCCGGCUCUCUCCCCCAUCUGGAAUGAUCGCAUAAAUCCAGAUGACAUAGAUUUAGAAAAUGAGCCCUGGUAUAAAUUCUUUUCAGAACUGGAGUUUGGACGCCCGCCUCCUAAAAAGCCUCUGGACUAUGUUCAAGAUCAUUCUUCUGGUGUUUCCAAUGAGGCCUCCUUGUAUCAAUCCUCAAUAGACAGAAGCCUAGAAAGACCCACUAGUGCCACGAGCAUGGCCAGUGAUUUCAGGAAAAGGAGGAAGAGCGAGCCUGCGGUGGGGCAGCCGAGGGGCCUGGAUCACGGUGCACGCAGGACCAGCCCAGGCCGAGCGGACCUCCCAGGGUCAAGCGCCACCCUGACCCAGUCCUUCAUAAGUUCCUCCCCUUCUUCCCCGUCAAGAGCAAAAGGUGGGGAUGAUAUGUGUCCAUCCCUUUACAGUUACUCAGGGCUCAACGGCAACCCCUCCAAUGAGUUAGAUUACUGUAACGCUUACAAGAGACAGCAGCAUUUGGAUGUCCCUCGUGACUCACAGAGGGCCAUCACGUUCAAGAAUGGCUGGCAAAUGGCCCGACAAAAUGCAGAGGUCUGGAGCAGCACUGAAGAGACAGUCUCCCCCAAAAUCAAAUCCCGUAGUUGUGAUGAUCUCCUAAAUGGUGACUGUGACAGCUUCCCUGACCCAAAAGCCAAGUCAGAAAGUAUGGGCUCUCUGCUAUGUGAAGAGGAGUCCAAGGAGAGCUGCCCUGGGGCCUGGACUUCCCCCUACAUCCAGGAGGGCUGUGGUAAUGGCAGAUCGAGGCUCCGACACAGGUCAGCCCAUGACGCCCCAGGGUUCCUAAAAAUGUACAAGAAGAUGCACCGCAUUAAUCGCAAGGAUUUGAUGAACUCAGAGGUGAUUUGCUCGGUGAAGUCCAGAAUCCUGCAGUAUGAAAACGAACAGCAACACAAGGGCCUGCUCCAUGGCUGGAGUCAGUCCUCCACUGAGGAGGUGCCCAGGGACAUGGUCCCCACUCGCAUUUCUGAAUUUGAGAAGUUGAUUCAAAAGUCAAAAUCCAUGCCAAAUUUAGGAGAUGAUAUGUUCUCUCCUAUAACCCUAGAACCCCAACAAAACGGUUUAUGUCCCAAAAGGCGGUUUUCCAUCGAGUCUCUGCUGGAGGAAGAAAAUCAAAGUAGACACCCUUCUCACGUACAACGCAGCUACGAGCCCAAAACCCUGGUGCCGAUUCACAUCGAAGUCACCAGUGACGAGCAACCGAGAACUCAUUUGGAGUUUUCCGACAGUGACCAAGAAGGAGUUGUGUCUGACCACAGUGAUUACAUCCACGUGGAAGGGUCGUCCUUUUGCAGCGAGAGUGACUUUGAUCACUUUUCCUUCACAUCCUCUGAGAGCUUUUAUGGAUCCAGCCACCAUCACCACCACCAUCACCACCACCACCACCGGCACCUCAUCAGCUCCUGCAAAGGCAGAUGCCCUGCCUCCUACACCCGAUUUACCACAAUGCUGAAACAUGAAAGAGCCAAACACGAAAAUGCCGAGGAGCCCAGAAGACAGGAAACGGACCCCGGCCUUUCUAAACUUGCGUUUCUAGUCAGUCCCGUGCCUUUCCGGAGGAAAAAGAACUCGACUCCCAAAAAACAGGCUGACAAGGCAAAAUGUAAAGCGUCUGUGUUUGAGGCUCUGGACUCUGCCCUUAAAGACAUCUGUGACCAAAUUAAAGCUGAAAAGAGAAGGGGAAGCUUGCCAGACAACAGUAUAUUGCACCGUCUUAUCAGUGAGCUGUUGCCAGAUAUUCCGGAGAGGAACUCAUCACUUAAAGCUCUAAAAAGGAGCCCCGUGCACCAGCCUUUCCACCCACUGCCUCAAGAUGGUGCUAUUCAUUGUCCAUUGUACCAGAACGAUUGUGGGAGAAUGCCUCACAGUGCCUCUUUCCCAGACGUGGACACCACCACCAACAACUACCACCACCAAGACUAUGAGAGUGCACGGAGUCUCCAAGACCAUGAGUCCCCUAGAAGUUACUCAUCCACUAUGACUGACCUGGGGAGAAGUGCACCGAGGGAAAGAAGAGGAACUCCAGAAAAAGAGAAAUUGCCUGCAAAAGCUGUUUACGAUUUUAAAGCUCAAACGUCUAAGGAGCUGUCAUUUAAGAAAGGAGAUACUGUCUACAUCCUCAGGAAAAUUGAUCAAAAUUGGUAUGAGGGAGAGCACCACGGGAGAGUGGGCAUUUUUCCCAUCUCCUACGUGGAGAAACUCACGCCUCCUGAGAAGGCACAGCCUGCAAGACCGCCUCCCCCAGCCCAGCCUGGAGAAAUCGGAGAAGCUGUAGCCAAAUAUAAUUUCAAUGCUGACACAAACGUGGAGCUGUCGCUGAGAAAGGGAGAUAGAGUUAUUCUUCUUAAAAGAGUUGAUCAAAACUGGUAUGAAGGUAAAAUUCCAGGAACCAGCAGACAAGGCAUCUUCCCUGUUUCCUACGUAGAAGUUGUCAAGAAGAAUACAACCAAAGGUGCUGAGGACUACCCUGACCCUCCAAUACCCCACAGCUAUUCUAGUGAUAGAAUCCACAGCUUAAGUUCAAAUAAGCCACAGCGUCCUGUGUUUACUCAUGAAAACAUUCAAGGUGGGGGGGAACCGUUUCAGGCUCUGUAUAACUAUACUCCUAGGAAUGAAGAUGAGCUGGAACUCAGAGAAAGCGAUGUCAUUGAUGUCAUGGAGAAGUGUGACGAUGGAUGGUUUGUGGGAACCUCGAGAAGAACCAAAUUCUUUGGUACUUUUCCCGGAAACUAUGUCAAGAGGCUGUGAAUCACUCUCCCUCCUUUUUACGCUGCAUUUCAGCACCACAUCUGUAUAACCUUGCCUGAAAGAUACCCUUAGGUCUCCUCCUCCCGCUGUCCUGCCUUCCAGUUUCCAGUAGAAGUCACCCACUGUCACCAUCUCUAUCUGCCACCAGACCACCAGCAAAGGAACUUCCUGCUGCCCCGCCCUGGGGAGGCUAGCAGACUUGCUUCCGCAUGAAAGUGCAUAUCCCUGAUGUCUGCUCUAAACUUUGAGAAGUCGAUACGUGAGAUCAGAAAGAAAAAUCAUUAUAGUUAGAAAGAGUUACGUAUUUGAGGCAAAAAAAAAAAAAAAAAAAAAGGAAAUGUCUCAAGGAGACUCUCUAGUUCACUUCGAAAGAUAUUCUCCCCUCAGGCAGCCAGAGAUUGUGUAUUACUAAAUGCUGUCGUUUGCAUUUUCGCAUCCUUAGCUUGGCAGUGUAUUUUCCUUUCACGAGUUUGCCUAGUGUCCUGGUUUACACGACAUGAAAACUGUACUUCGGCUAUCGUUUGCCUGCACUUAUAUAUUGUAAUACGCACAGUGAUUACAAAAAUCUAAAGCAAGAGUAGGAAAGUUAAUCCGAAUGAGUGUGAUUUUGUUGAUUGAAUGUGAGUUUUCAAAUAGGAGCCUUUUCCUGCAGUCUCUUCUGUACUUUUUAGAAGUGCAAACCGUAAGUGAUUAAGAGCCUUUGGUAAUAAUCAUGAGACUAUAAGAGGUUUAGCUAGACUACAAAAAAAACAAAAACAAAAACAAAAACAAAACCUAUUGUGUUGUAAAGUUGCAUUGCUAUUUUAUAUUAAAAUGUAAUAAUCAGCAUCAUGAACAAUGAGCUCUUAGUGUUUUAUUUAUCUGAUAAAAUUUUAAUAAAAACAGUGUUAGUGAGAGGUGCAAAGAAUUAUCCUAACGUAGACACUUGAAAGUAUCUGUAAGCAAUAUUCAUAGGUAAGAUUUCACUGUGUGCACACAUAUACAUUUGAGAUUGUGUGAAAACAGACAAUCCAUAUGGUAUGUUGUACAUUUUAUGGAAAUGGAAAGGAAUCCCACACAUUAUUUUAUAGAUAUAGAGUACUUCAGAAGCAUCACAAGUAUGAAGGCUGGUUUUAGCAAGGAUUAUGAUCAAUACAAUUAUUUUUACUAUGAUAAUUAUUUUUCUUCUAUGGAACUCAGAAUCCUGGCUACAUUUGAGGACAGGAAUAUGUUGAGCCUGAUUUUCCUGGUGUGUGUAAAAAUAUUUCCUCGGAAUACAUUAGGCACUUUUUAGAGGCAAUGUUAAAUCAUUCGGGUUAUAUUUUCUGCCCUGAAGUAGACAUUUACAAACUGGUUUUGGGACCUGAAAGAUUUAAUGUGGUCAACAGUGCCUGAAUUACACAUACCUUGAGAACUAGCUUUGUAUUUCUUAUGACUUUGCAUAAGAACUAUUCAUAUUUGGAUCUUGAGCACCUUAUAGAUAAAACUUUUUAUGGCGUUUCUUCUGUGGACAGUGAUUGAUCUUUUCACAACGUAUGUAGACCCUAGCAUUUUGUACAUAUGUUUGCUCUUUUGUACAGACUAUUUAGUUGUUGAGAAAAUGGGAAUUUCCUAAUUUGGUCUUUAUCCUUCACUUUAAACUAAGCUAAAACACUUUCAACAGAUUAUCCUUUACAUAUCCCACAGAUCACAAGCACGCCUUGAUUGCGCGAUUCUGUAAGAUAGCAUUUAUGCAAAAGUUUAUGAACUUACAAGAUCUGAGCAGCCAAACUGAAAUGUACAUAAAUACUGAUUACAGAGGAAUUUCAUUAGAAAGAAGGUAAAGAAACAUCUUUGAGUAGACUACCUUGAUUACUGUCAAAUUCACAAGCAGCUUUAUAUUUUAAAGGCUUUGGGUUUGAAAUUGAGUCAACUGCAUGCAGCUUUGCUGAUAAAUGAAUAUUUAUCUUUGAUGCCAUUUAUGAGAAAAGAUUUCAAUAUCUGUUGCCUGUCAUAUUUAAGAAAAAUUACUGUUUCUACUCUCUGUAUCUGAUUUUAAAAGGAAAAAUAUUCAUACCUGGCUUUCAGCUUAUUGACUUUGAAUUCUUAUAAGCGAAGGUCAUUGUGUUUUUCUUGAAUAGACAUCUAAUAAAUUUUGCUUGGAAGUAUA